AUGUUGAAAAGAGAACUCAAAAACCUCCUUUUCUCACUCCUACUCUUGGAUAAGUCUUCUUUACCAGAUGAUCAUCACAUAGCCAAGAUGAUUGUCACACUCAUCAUGUCUAUCAGUGAUGUGGUCAACCAGGACCUGGUGAUGGGAGCCCACCUUGGAGUCUUCUUCUUGGAGAACUACCAUGUCUCACUGGCCAAGAAAGACAUCUCAGCUGUUAACCUCUCUGAUCAGAUCUCUACUGCAUUUAUUGAGGCCUCAGGCACUGGCAACAUGAAGUUCAUGCUCAAUGGGGCUCUGACCAUUGGCACCAUGGAUGGCCCCAACAUAGAAAUGGGAGAAGAGGCCGGUGAGCAGAAAUUAUUCAUCUUUGGCAUGUGGGUGGAGGAUGUGGACAAGCUUGACCAGAGAGGGUAUAAUGCCCAGGAGUACUGCGACCACAUUCCCAAGCUGCGGCAAGUCAUCGAGCAGCUCAGCAGUGGCUUCUUCUCCCCUAAACAGCCUGACCUAUUCAAGGACAUUGUCAACAUGCUCAGGCACCAUGACCGGUAUAAUGUCUUAGUGGAUUAUGAAGCCUACAUUAAAUGCCAGGAGAAAGUCAGGGCCUUGUACAAGAACCUGAGAAAGUGGACACGGAUGAUUAUUUGAAACACCACCACCUCGGACAAGUUCUCCAGGGACCGCAUCAUUGCCCAGUAUGCUGGGGAGAUCUGGAACGUAGAGCCUUCCCACCAGCUCCUGCCUGAUGAGACUGUCUGA